AUAUCUUUAUGGUUAUAAUAGUUUUGAACAUAUGCAUAUGUUUUAUUAUUAUGUAAAUACAUGUAACUGAAUUUUAAAUUAAGAAGUAUGGGCAAAAUGAGCUAUUUCUUCCUUUAAUAUAUCGUGGUGAAUCGUUCAUUUUCGUUGUUGUGACGGAGAUUCGCAGUAGGAUUGCUAGCUAGUGCAUACAUAAAUCGCUGUUCUGGUCAAGAAGGCCAAAUAGCGACAAGCGUCAUGUUGCGUUUGCCAUCCGUUAGCCGCGCGCUAGCAGGGGCAGCCAAGGGCAGCCUGGCCCCCUCCAACAAUGUGCGUACCUCAGCGAGAGCUGCCAGUAACAUGGUAGAGGUGUUUGUUGAUGGGAAACCAGUGGAGGUGCUGCCUGGAACCACCAUUCUGCAGGUCUGUGAGAAGAUGGGGGUGCAGAUUCCUCGGUUCUGCUACCACGAGCGCCUGUCUGUGGCUGGGAACUGCAGAAUGUGUCUGGUGGAGAUUGAGAAAGCCCCAAAGUUGGCGGCCGCGUGCGCCAUGCCAGUGAUGAAAGGCUGGAACAUCCUGACCAACUCAGAGAAGACCCGCAAGGCCAGAGAGGGAGUGAUGGAGUUCCUGCUGGCUAACCACCCUCUGGACUGCCCCAUCUGUGACCAGGGAGGAGAGUGUGACCUUCAGGACCAGUCCAUGCAGUUUGGUUCAGACCGCAGUCGUUUCUCUGAGGACAAGCGGGCUGUGGAGGAUAAGAACAUUGGACCACUCAUCAAAACAAUCAUGACCCGCUGCAUCCAGUGCACACGCUGCAUCCGUUUUGCCAGUGAGAUUGCAGGUGUAGAGGACCUGGGUACCACAGGCAGAGGGAACAACAUGCAGGUGGGGACGUACGUGGAGAAGAUGUUCAUGUCGGAGAUGUCAGGAAACGUCAUCGACAUCUGUCCCGUAGGAGCCCUCACUUCCAAACCAUACGCCUUCACCUCACGACCCUGGGAGACCAGGAAGACUGAGUCUAUAGAUGUGUUGGAUGCAGUAGGCAGUAACAUCAUUGUGAGUACGCGUGGUGGAGAGGUGAUGAGGGUUCUGCCCCGCCUGCACGAAGACAUCAACGAGGAGUGGAUCUCAGACAAGACCAGGUUUGCGUAUGACGGUCUUAAGCGCCAGAGGCUGACCCAGCCUAUGGUGAAGGAGCGUCAGACAGCUGGUCCCCAACAUCCUGGGAAGACGUAACUCACACGUGUGGCCGGAGCAGUAAGUCUCUGGUGUAGUG